AACAUGUGUAUUUUUUCAUAGAAGUGCGAUGCCUCACGCCAAAGUUGGCUCUAAAAGUUUACGUUUGCAAUAUGUGCUUGUUGUGGGGUUACCCUGAGCCAUCAGUCAUCUGCUUCUGCGGGCUAAAAAAUUAUCCAAGCUCUGAAAAAAACAAAAUGGCUUUUUGAAUGUUUGAAAUGGUUCUGCAGAGAAGGAAAUCACUGGCUUUAGUUUCCUUCUGAAGAAGAUUUCGUGGAAAAAUUCAAGUUUGAAGUUCUGAGCAACUUUGUUGUAUAGGAUUCAAUGUAACAGAAACUUUGCGAAAUAAUGGAUGGAAGUGUAACAGUCGAAGCAGAUAACAAUCUGGCAUUGCUGCCCCCUUCCCCUUAUCUGGGCGUUGCUAUAGCUAUCAAAGGCAACAAGAAGAGUAAAUACAUAGUUAAAUGGGCUCUGGAGAAGUUUGUUCUAGAGGGAAUUGUUUUUGUGAAGUUGAUACAUGUCCGGGAAAGUAUUACUGCGGUUCCCACACCAAUGGGAAAUUUAAUUCCUCUUUCACAAGUACGGGACGAUGUAGUAGCAGCUUACAAAAAGGAAGUGGAUUGGCGGACAAAUGAAAUGCUUCUUCCAUACAAGAAAAUGUGCAUUCAGCAAAAGGUACAAGUAGACAGUAUAGUGAUUGAAUCAAAUGAUGUGCCAACUGCGAUAGCAGAGGAGAUCAGUAAGUCUGGUAUUAGCAAGCUUGUUAUAGGUGCCCCAUCGCCUCGCAUGUUUACAAGGAAAAUUAAGGGUCUCUCCUCAAAAAUUUCAGCGUGCACCCCAAGUUUCUGUACAGUCUAUGCUGUUUCAAAAGGAAAAUUGUCAUCUAUACGUCCAUCUGAUUCAGAGACGGUUGUAAGCAGUAAAGAUGACAACAGUGAUACAUGCUCUACUGUCAGUACUUCAAGCAAUGCUUCCAGCUUACAGACUGAUACCGCCUCUGUUGCCUCAAGCUCACACUUCCAUACUCCAUCCCUAGCGAUGCAGCGAUUUCAAGCACUUGCAACUCUUAAUCAAACUCUUCUUAAAACAGGAAAGAAUUCAAUGGAAAACAACCAUUCCAGAUAUCAUUCUCUGGAUUUUGAGGAAUCGAGGGAUGCUAUAAGUUCUUGUCCCUGUAAUUACGAUGUUGGAUGCACAUUAAGUCAGGCCUCCAGUUGCAGAAGCUUGCUUAAAGAUAAUCAGUCAUUCACAUCUGAUCAAGUUUCCAUCUCAGAUGUGGCCACAGAUUAUUCUUCAUCUGAGAGCCAGGUAAAUAUCAACUUUGAGCUAGAAAAGCUGAGAAUUGAGCUAAGACAUGCCAGAGGAAUGUAUGCAAUUGCUCAAAGCGAGACAAAUGAUGCUUCACGAAAGCUAAAUGAUCUAAAUAAACGCCGGUUAGAAGAAGCAAUGAGGCUCAAGGAAAUAAAUGUUAAGGAGGAGAGAGCCAAAGAAUUAGCAAUACAGGAGAAGGAGAAGCAUGAAGCUGCAGAAAAAGAAGCUCAGUGUGUAAGAGAAUGUGCAGAAAGAGAAGCUUCUCUAAGAAAAGAAGCAGAGAUGAAAGCCAUGCAUGAUGCUAAAGAGAAAGAGAAACUUGAGAAUGCUCUUUUGGGUCCUGUGCAGCAAUACCAUAGAUUCACAUGGGAAGAGAUUGUUUCUGCCACCUCAUCUUUCUCUGAGGAUCUUAAGAUUGGAAUGGGUGGGUAUGGAACUGUCUACAAGUGCAAUAUUCAUCAUACAACUGCUGCGGUGAAAGUACUCCACUCUAAAGAGAAUCAUGAGAACAAGCAGUUUCAACAGGAGCUUGAGAUCUUGAGCAAAAUUCGUCAUCCGCAUUUACUUCUCCUUCUUGGUGCAUGUGCUGAUCAUGGUUGCCUAAUUUAUGAGUACAUGGAGAAUGGUAGCCUGGAUGACAGAUUGCUACAGAAAGACAAUACUCCUCCCAUCCCUUGGUUUGAGAGGUUCCGAAUUGCUUGGGAAGUAGCCUCUGCUCUUGUUUUCCUCCACAACUCUAAACCAAAACCAAUCAUCCAUCGUGAUCUGAAGCCAGCAAACAUCUUGCUCGAUCAUAAUCUUGUGAGCAAGAUUGGUGACGUUGGCCUUGCUACGAUGCUUAAUUCAGAUCCUUCGUUAUCUACAAUGUACAGGGACACGGGGCCUGUUGGGACUCUCUGCUACAUAGACCCUGAGUAUCAAAGGUCUGGUUUAGUCACUCCAAAAUCUGAUGUAUAUGCUUUUGGAAUGGUGAUUUUGCAGUUGCUGACUGCUAAACCAGCAAUUGCACUAGCUCAUGUGGUAGAAACAGCCAUUGCUGAUGGCAAUCUCUUGGACAUGUUGGAUCCAAAGGCUGGGACUUGGCCACUUGAAGAGACCAAGAAAUUGGCUGAAUUAGGACUGAGCUGUGCUGAGCUUCGUCGUAGAGAUAGGCCUGACCUAAAAGAUCAAGUUCUUCCUGCACUGGAGAGACUAAAAGAGGUUGCUGAUAGUGCUCGGGAUUCAGUUUUCAAAGUUCAAUUACCACCAAACCACUUCAUCUGUCCAAUUCUUAAGGAUGUUAUGAAUGAUCCCUAUGUUGCUGCGGAUGGAUAUACCUAUGAUCGUAAAGCUAUAGAAUUUUGGCUUGAAGAGAAUGAUACAUCACCUAUGACAAACUUGCCAUUGCCUAAUAAGAAUCUACUACCAAAUUACACUCUUCUUUCAGCAAUUAUGGAGUGGAAGUCCAGACAAAAUUGAAGUAUGGUUUUCCAUUAAUGCUUAGGUUUAUUAGGGAUCCCUUGAUGAGUAACUUGAUGUAUAAUUGCUAGAGUUUUUCUUUUAAGGUGUCAUUUUCUAGUGUUAUAUAUUAAAAUGUCUUAAACGUGAAAGAUAACUUUGUCAUAAGAAAAAGAUGCAUAAAGUGUACAUAAUUUGUAACAUAAUUUGAAACUAUAAGCAAUAUUCUUUGUAAAGUCAUAGAGUUCAUGUAUAAGAGCAGCUUUAUUGUCACAA